AUGGCAAAGAAAAAGAAUAAGCAGAUCAUCCGCCCGUGGUGCUGGUACUGUGAAAGGGAGUUCGAAGAUGAGAAAGUUCUCAUGCAGCACCAAAAGGCCAAACACUUCAAAUGCAACAUGUGUCCGCGGCGGUUGAACACUGCUGGCGGUUUGGCCGUGCAUAUCCAACAAGUGCAUAAGCUAGAACCAGAGAACCUUCCACGAAUUGAGAACGCUAUGCCAGGACGUGACGGGUAUGAAGUGGAGAUUUUCGGGAUGGAGGGCAUUCCUGCACCUGAUGUUGCAGACUAUAAGCGCCGCAAGGAAAUCGAACUUGGCCUAGCUGCAGGUUCUAUAUCUCAGCCUCAGCCCAAGAGACCUAAGAUCGAGAAGAGGCCUUUAUCGGAGGACGAGCUCAAAGCUCAGCUAGAAGCCCACAAGGCCUUGAUGGGUGGUAGCAGUGAUAAUCCUCCUGCUCCUCCUGCAGCUGACAAUAGUGCCGGCGCUGUGUACGGCGCUCCUCCACAAGCAUAUGCUGCCCCUCCCACUCCAGCUCCUGGCCUUCCACCGUCAGCUCCUCCUGGUCUUAUACCAGGUGCGCCUCCAUUUUUCCCGGGGGGGCCUCCCCCUGCUGGGGCUCUACCACCAUUUCCACCAUUUCCUGGUAUGCCCGGCUUCCUUCCAGGACAUCCCCCCCCUGGCUUCCCGAUGCCUCCCCCUGGUUUCAUGCCUCCACCGGGCAUGAUUCCCCCAGGUGCGCCACCCUUUCCUCCCGGAAGUGUUCGGCCACCAUUCCCCCCGCCUCCUUCUUUUGUUCCCGCUGGUUCAGCAUCACCCUUCCCACCAAUUACACCUGGACAUGGACCUGGUGCUCCACCAGUACCAUUUGCUGUGCCCCUCCCCGCCACGACUGCUGCGCCCCCUCCUCUGACCUUGCCGAAUCCUGCCCUUGAACAGAAGUAUGCUCCUUUCAAGAAACCAACAGAACUCAAAUAUGCAGACCCGAAUUUUUCCCCUGAAGAGAAACGGGCUUAUACUAAAAAAUACUACGUUGCUCGAGACUCGACAAAUAUGCCACCAUUUGUCAUUGAUUCUUCUGCAUAUGCGGCUGAAGAGACGAGAGGGAAGAAAAGGGCCCGGGCAGAGGACUUCCUCUAG